AUGUCGACAGGAGCAUUGCCAACUUCUGAAUUGGGAAGUGAAGUCUCCACCGUCUUCGUUCCUCGCGGUCCAAUCGGGUUCGAGUUUUCCGUCAAAACUCAAGGCUCUGUCAUUGUCAUUUCGCAAGUGCGUCAGGGUGGAACUGCUGAGCGUGCGGGCCUCAAGUGCGGCAGCAUCCUAAGGGCUGUUAAUAGACAACCCAUAGACGGCCUUACUUUCCUUCAGGUUUCCAACAUGAUAAGGCGGACCAGUGGUCUAAUUACGGAGAUAUCUGUCGUGGAACCGCGAGAACCAGAGGAUAGGAACACCAGGGAUGGUUUACUUACAUCGGUUCCGACUAAAUUCGACGCCACACCUUCUACUGCUCCCGACAAGUCUGCUUCGCAGGACAGUACCACUCCAACCUCUGGCAACAAUGGACGUGCAUCAGCUGUGCAGAAUGAACCGACGCCUGAUUCCCCACAACUGCUGUCUCUUCUGCCCGUGCAUUAUUCCCCGUCCCCUUUGCAAUUCACUGAGACAUCUACCGCCAGAGAUGGGAAGACUGCGCCUCCACGCCCGCAGUUUCGGACUCGACCUGCGGUUUCCGGCACUUCCCCGAGAGCCGGCUUGACGGGUUCCCGUGAACUUCGUCGUCAGGCGAUCCUCUUGCCAAAUGACGCUGUUUGUGUCAGGGAACAGUCUUCGGAUCCCGUCAAAUUCACCAAACCCAACUUCUUCAGCUUCAGGCAGCCGCGCCUCCAACACGGUGUUUCUGUAUUAAAGCCUUGGUUUUCUGCUGUCGGAAGACGCCUCGAUGCCGAAAAGCGCAUGUUGCCAAGUGAAGAGAAGCGCAGUCCUCGUGAACUGCAAAUGGUCCAGCAGUUUAGUGAACGAGCAGCACAAACUCAGGGGGAAUGUGAUUGGGGUGGCUGUGCUUCGCUUCCAACAUGCGCAGCACGCACGACCACAUUUAGACUGGCUGGGGAAGGCACAACUCGUGUCGAUGAUGCUCCUCAGCAACCUGAUAAUUCCUUUUUUGGCGCAGCCGACACCUCACCGCCUAGUCCUUCAGAAGAGGUCAUUCCAUCGUUGGUGCGUCGCCAAGCCUACUCUUCACUGUCCAUGCGGCGUCGCGGUGCCAAAGUUGAGGAUGGGGGCCCGCGCUUUUUACCUGCGCAUCCUCUGGCCACACCCGCCGCACUUCCUCCUCGAGAUAACUCCUUGUCAUUUACCUUUUUACCAAAGCACACUCCAGGCCAUCAAGCCUUUGCUACCGGUGGCCAGUUAGAAGCUUCCUCCCCUGCUUUCGUUGAUAGCACCAAAAAGAAAAGUGAUUUGAGUGAUAAAGUGAGGAAUCAACUCCAACGCCACAAUUCAGCGUCUGGUGAGGCAUUGUUUUAA